AUGAUGGACUGCGACCCAGGCAGUGCCAUUUUCGUCGCCUGCAGCUGCGUCUUCCACCGCGACUGCUUGGAAGAAUGGCGGGGACUCAAAGACAAGGAGAAGGUCGCCAAAGCGGAUGCGGCCACCGUCAGCAUCAAGUCCCAGAAGGAUGCGCUGGACAGGCUGUGCGCAGAGGCUGAGGAGCAGGCGGAGGAAGCGGAGAAGCAGGUGGCUUUCCAUCAGCUGACGGUUGAUCGCGCUGCGACCAAUGUGGAGCAAGCCAUGAAGAAGGCCCAGGCGACGGCGGACAGCGACGAGGAGCCCAGCGAGGCAGAGGAGGGCGAAGCGGAAGCGGAGGAGUCGGAUUCCUCUGUGGAGCUGGAUUCGGUGGACUACCGAAAUGAGGCGCGCUGGGGAGCACCAGAGGUCAGCAUAGGAGGGAUGUAUCACAACAAGCACACCAAGAAGAACUGGCACCCCAGCGUGCGCAUGAACCGGAAGCGGCCCAAGAAGUACUUGAAGCGAAUUGACGAGAAGUUGGAGGAGUUGAAGAAGGAAGGCAAGCGCCAGCUCAGCGAGGAGAUGUCACAAGCAGUGACCAAAUGGGAGAAGGCCUUGUUCGAGCAGAAGGAGGCGAAGCUGAUCCUGGACAAGGAGCAGGAGAACCUGAAGAAGCUGAAAGAGAAGUCUGAGAAGCUUGCGGGGGAGCUGGAGUGGACUGCCAACUACCUGGACGAGGAAAGGCAGAAGUUCACCUCGUUGCCUUUGCUGUGUCCGGUGUGCCAGAACGAGGUGGACGUGAAGGAGGAGAAGGUGCAGGUUGUGGAAAGUGAAGAAAAGGAGCCGGAAGUGGCGCCCGAGGAAGAAGAGGCGCGCAAGGCGGCGGAGUUGCGCCGGGCAGCUGCCGAGGAGGAGGAGAGGAGACAAAGGGCCGCCGCUGAGCUGGCCAAGGUGGAGGAGAAGAUGGUGCGCAUGCUAAAGGGCCGGCCCGAAGACACCGACGGCGACGGCGAUGAGCCCAGAGAGGAGAACACGGAGGCCGACCUCCAAGGUGGCUACCCCACGUCUCCCAGCCAAGCUGUGGAUGCAGGCGGCAAAGCCGAGCCCGGCGAGACGGCGGAGCCGGAGGCGGAUGCACCACGCAAGGAAGUGGACGACGAGCUUUUGACCACCAUCGAGUUGCUGAUGGAAGCAUACAGUGCUUCGGCUUGGUUUUGA